AUGGCAAUGAAGCUCACUCUUCUGGCCCUGGCAGCCCUGCCGGCCGUGACUGCUGAGACUAUACUCGGCGUCUACAUCUUCCAUCGCCAUGGAGACCGUACGCCAAAGGCGCUCGCGCCCGCGAAUCUGACUUCGCUCGGCCAGGAGCAGGUGUACCAGUCCGGCGCCUACUACCGCAGCCGGUAUGUCGCAUCUGAUGCCUCGUCGCCCAUCUACAGGCUCAGCAGCGACGUCGCCGUCGCCAACCAGAUGACCGUCACCUCGCAGACGGACACGGUGCUCCAGAACUCGGCGCAGGCGUUCAUGCAGGGCGUGUACCCUCCGGUGGGAACUGUGUCUGUCGAGAAAUUGGCCAACGGCUCCUCCAUCGAGGGCUCCCUGAAUGGCUACCAGUACAUCCCCAUCAAUGCCGUCGCGUCUGCCUCGUCAUCCUCCAACGCGGAGAACAACGAGUGGCUCCAGGGCGGCUCUGGCUGCGGCAACGCCGUCGUGAGCUCCAACAACUACUUCUCCUCGAGCGAGUACCUGUCGACUCUCAAGGGCACCCAGGAUUUCUACCAGGGACUCUUGCCCGUGAUCAACAGUACUUUCACCUCGAGCCAGGCCAGCUUCAAGAACGGCUACACCAUCUACGACUACAUCAACGUGGCCACCAUCCACAACUUGACCAUCCCGUCUGAGGACCUGCUCACCAACGAGACUCUGCACGAGCUCUUCUGGCUGGCCAACGCCCACGAGUGGGGGCUGGCCUACAACGAGACGGACCCGAUCCGGGCCGUCGCGGGCGCCACGCUCGCGGGCCAGAUCGUCACGCAGCUCAACGCGACGCUGACGGGCAAGUCCAAGCAGCCGCUGGGCGUGCAGUUCGGCGCCUACGCGUCGUUCCUGUCCUUCUUCGGCCUGGCGCAGCUGCCGGCCGUGUCGGAUAACUUCCGCGGCAUCGUCGACUACGCCUCGUCCAUGGCCUUCGAGCUGGUGGACACCUCGGACGCCGCCGUGACCGCCUCCUCGUACCCGGCCGCCGCCGACGUCUCGGUGCGCUUCCUGUUCGCCAACGGGUCCGCCGCCGCCCACGCCCCGGUCGCCUACCCGCUCUUCGGCCAGAGCGAGACCCUGCUCCCCUGGACGACCUUCGUCGCUGAGAUGGGCAAGUUCGCCAUCGCUGACACGGCCGCCUGGUGCACCGCCUGCGGCAACUCGACCGGCGUCUGCGCCCAGUUCGCCUCGGGCUCGGACUCCGGGAGCGGCAGCGCGUCGGCCACCUCGACCUCGGGCAACGGCAUCUCGCUGCCGGUCGCUGGUGUUAUUGGCGCGCUGGUGACGCUCGUCGUCAUCCUGGGCGUCGAGGCUUUGGUGUACUUCGUUGCUGGCUUGAAGCUGGUCAAGAAGUCGGCUCUGGCCGCCAGCUCUGGGCCCACCUCUGAGCUAAAGGCCUAA